AUGCCGGAGAAGCAGCUGACGUCGGAGAAGCAGCCGGUCAGCAAGCAAGAUUUUGACGACGAUGCCGAGGAUGAGGAGAAGGGCUAUGCUGCCAGCAAGCCAGCAUCUCCCUCCGCCGCUGACCGCAAGGGCAUCCCGCUGCUGGCGGCCCUCGACGACCCUCUGGUCGCCGUCCUCCGCUCGGGCGCCAUCAAGCUGCUCCGCGCCGAAUUCCUGCGCGCCGACGGCUCCGAGGCGAUGCUGCCCGAGCUCCUCCGCCGGCAAGAGCUGGAGCGGAUGGAGGAGGAGCGGGGCAUGCAAAUAUUUGAUCGAGUCAAGGCAGAGCAGAUUGACGAGUUGGACCUCACGCUGGAGGGCGAGCCUUGCCCCGACCAGGUAGCAGUCCGUGCAGCUGCCGACCCGCCGGUGGCCUAUGAGGAGUACCGUGCCGCGAUCGCUCUGCAGCGGUGCGCGUUGGUGAAGGCUGAGGCGGUGACACGCUCGGCGCUCGGCCGCGCGUACUUCAGCAUGGGCCUCACGACUGUCGCCGUGUUGCAGCUUGAGCGCGCAGUGGCCUUGCGUCGCGAGAGCCUCAAGCUGCGCAGCGUCAUCGGCACGCGCGAGCCCAAUCACGUGUCGUGCCUCGCCGAGGCACACCGUCAGAUCGCCUCGACGCUGAUCAACUUUGGCGGCGUGCGAGCCGCCGUUUCGGAGUACUACCGCGCCGGCGGAGAGAAGGCGGCGCAGACGCGCGCGGUGUUGGGGGAGGCGCUGACAUUUGCACGCAUGAGCGGCGACAUUGGCGCCGAACAAGGCGCCCUCACGCAGUUGGUCAACUUCCAAGAUCCGAGUGCACCAGCGGACGCCGCGACGGCUCUCAAGGAUCUGCUCGCGCGCACCGGCCGCGACGUCGACCCGUGCUGCAUCGUGUGCUAUGAAGAGCUCGGCGACACCAGCCUGCACGCGCUCAACUGCGGGCACGUGAUGCACAAGGAGUGCGUAGAAAACUGGCGACAGCAUUCAAACUGGUGCCCGCAGUGUAAUGGGAAGGCGAUGCCGGGGCCGUACAGCAGCUUGAUGGUGCUUCGCCGGCGUGCGUCCCGGAGCGGCCUGGUAGUAUCACAACCGCCCCCCAACCAAGGCUCCAAAGACUGCUCGCUCCCUCUCGCUCCACCGCCACCGGCGAGCACAGACCCGCAGCCCGGGGCCGUGCGGCCGGGCGCCACGGUGAUGGCGGCCUCGCGGCCGUCCAUCGAUCUCGACGAGGAUAUCGCGGCCCUCCUGGAGCGGGCGCGCGUUUCUGCGCUCGUCUCCGGUAAGGUGGUGCCGCAGCUGCUGGCCCAGGACGUCGGCAACGUCGCGGCGCUGCUCGAGGCGGUCGCCGAGGACGGCCUCGAGGGGCUCGGCCUCGGCAAGACCGUGCAACGUCAGCUGUGCCGCUGCCUGCCGGCCCUGAACAGCUGCGACGCGGCUGAGGCGGCUUUGUCAUCCUUUGCCUCCCUGUCUCUGGUCGAGCCCCCGCUUGGGGCUGCGACUGGCGCGCAGGCGGGCAGCAGCGCGAUGGCCGGCGGCGAUGGUGCUGCUGGCGAGCGCGCUGGCGGCGGCGGCGGUACGGACGCUGCCGAGGGUGCCGCGCGUGCCGCAGACGGGCAUGCGAUUGCCGCAAGCGGCCCCCGCGGCGGAGCUGGGAGUGGCUCCGCUGGCGAGGAGCACGGCGGCGGGGCCGCGGCUGGCGGCGAGGGCCGCGGCGGCGCGCGCCCCAAAGAGGCGGACAGCGGCGCCUGCAGUGCGCAGGCCGCGGAAGGCGGAACCGGAGGCGGCGCCCCGGGGGCCUAUAUGGACCCCGUGGCGCCCGCGCUGCCGGCUUGCGGCGAUGGGACGAUCGCCGCCGCGGGGGGGGAGGAGGAGGUGGAGGGCGCCGCUGCCGCCGCCGAGGCGGGCCGCCGCGCUCCGAAGACCCUAAUUGUUGCCGAUCCUUCAGCGACGCGCCAUACCGACACCGGGCACAGUUCGCAGCCACUUGCUGCGUCCGCCGGAGCUUCGGAUUCUACUUACAGCGGCGCGGACGCGGAGGAGGCGGUGGCAGGAGGGGGCUCUGGGGCGGCGGAGGCGAGCGCGGCGGCCACGGCCGAGGAGGACAAGCGCGUCCGGGCGCUGAGGAUUGCCCUGCAGCACAGGACGCAGAUGCCCGUGACGGACGAGGAGGCCCGGGCUAUCCUCCAGGCGCGAGGGGGUCGCGAGACGCCCGUGACGGAGGAGGAGGCGCGGGUCAUCCUUCGGGCGCGGGGGGACGUCGGGCACGGCAGGGCUACCUUUCAGGCGCGGGCGCGCGGGCGCGGUGGGCGCGCCACGGCAUCGCCGGCGCUGGCGAGCAAGGGCGGCGAGAAGCUAUCGCGGCGUGGGAAGAAGGCGGUGGCGAAGGAGGCGGGCGAGGUGGUAUCACGCGAGGAAGGCGAGGCGAUUUAUCGCGCGACGCUCGAGUCGCUGUUGGCGUCCACCGGGUGGACGCCGCGCGCCGCGGAGGAGAGGGCGCGCGAGGAGCAGCGUGCGCAUGUUCGGCAGAUGCGCUGGGCAAGGGAGCACGGCCGGGGGGAGCCGGUCCGGUGCUUUGACGCGGAGGAGUACGACGAAGGCGACGACGCUUUCGACGCGCUCUUCGACGGGGGCUCGGGGUACGGGCUCCUCCUUUUCAUGCAGUCAUCGUUGCUGGACACCGAGCCGUCUGACACCGGCCUCGACGAGGCCAGCCAGCGAAGCCCUGGCGGCUCGACGAGCCUGCUGGCGGGCUCCAUCCUGCCUGGCCCUGCGCUGCUGCUCUUCUUGCACCUGCCGAAAACGGGCGGCUCCUCCGCGGUCAGCAUCGUAAGCUCGUUGCCUGGUUGGAGGCGGCAUUGCCCUCACUGGCAUGGCCACCGGUAUGGCGGGCUCAUUGUGAGCGCGCUGGCUGAGCCGCUCGGCCUCUCCGUCGGCACCAGGCCAGCGAACUCGACCCUCUUCGCUUGGCGACAGAGUCGCGUGCUGGUCGAGUUCCACCUACCUGAAGAGUUUCGCUUGUUCCAGCGCAAAUUCCGUCCUCGGCUCGACGCCCUCGCGUCGGUGUACCGCCGCGCUGGCGGCCACUUCUUCGCGGCAACCUUCGUGCGUGAGCCACUCGCGCAGACGCGCUCACACUUUGCGUACUUCCACGUGUAUGGGGGGGCCUUUGUGAGGCCGAAGACGCCACCCACCUGGCGGACGAACGCGAGCGCACAGAUCGCGGGCUUUGCGCGCUGGCUCGCGAGCGAGCCGGCCGACCCGCAGACCAAGCUGCUCGCACACGGGGCGCCCGCCGCCGCCGGCGGCGGAGACGAUGUCGGCACGAGAGCGCAAGCGACGCUCGGCGCACUCGGCGGCGUCGGCAUCUCGGAGUCCUUCGAGCGGUCAAUGCAGAGCCUCCUCACUCGGAUCGGCGUCUUGCCGGCCUGCCACCUUACGCAGCUCAACCUCUCGGCUGCGGUGGCCGCUUGUGCGAACGGCGCGAGGCACCGCCACUUGCUGGCGGACCUACCCGCCGACGUGCGCGCGCUGCUCGGGAACCGAACCCGCGCGGCGAGCGAAUACUACGCGCUGCACGCGUCCGCCCGGAAUGCGCUGCUCGCAUUGCCCGCGGCCCCGGCGGCGCCAGUCCCGGAGGUGACUGCCUCUCCCACCUGCCGCCAAGACGCGUCGCCCUUCCGCGUGGCCACCAAAUGCAACUACUGA